AAUUUAAGACUAUUCAGCCUUAAAUGUCCAAAACAUAAGAACGGCCCAGCCUCAAAUGAAAAUUAGACGUUCUUAUAAAAAAAAGAGUGUACUUUCAGAAAGCUCUCGCUUUUGGGGGCUUGGAAAUUUGUCUCUCGAUUUCUAUUUCCUUCCACAAUUUGCUGCUUCAGAUCUCCGUAUGUCUGAUCGUUUACGAGGCAUUGUUUAUGAAGGUUUUCGCAGUUAAAAUAGGCCAAUUAAUGAAGAGAGCAAUGUCGAGAUUUAAAAGUCACACAUGUAGACGCGAGUCCCUGGGUAACAUUGGAAUUUUCUGAAACUCACGGAUUUAGCGCGGCGUGCUAAAAGGAUUAGAAGAUUUCGACACCAAAGGUAAAGAUGUUUAUUCUUGUUCCCGAAGGUUUUUUUUUAAGCUAUGAACUCAAAACAUUUUUAGCUAUUUCUAAUCGGGAAUCGUCACAUAAUAAUAUAAAGAACUUAUUUCUGAAAAAAAGGGCAAUUUUCGUCGCCCAACGUGAACCGUAAUGUUUAAAGAAAUCUAGUCAGCCAUAGCACGUAUUUGUUUCCACUCAAUUAUUGAAAGAAAAUUAUGUGAAGAUAUCUUCAGAAGUUUUAUACUUCUUAUAAAGUCCAGUAAAGAAAUGUUACAUAUCAAUCUGUCAAAAGCUUACCAAACUCAUUGUUCGUCACUUUUCUGUAGGUGUAACGGUUGAUUUUGUAUACCAAAUUAGUAAAAAUGGUCCCUUGGGAAAACAUAUGGAAUGCCCUUCGAAAAAUAUAUUCUUAAAUUUUAUUGUUCCCUCGAUUAUUUAAGCGUCAGUUCAUCUGCAAAGCCUGUAAUGAUGCAAUUCUUUUUUUUUUGUUCUUGUAAAUUGAUUGCCCUUUAGUGCUGGAGUUAUGUAAUGUUAUUAUGCUCUAAUAUCCCUAUUGUUUGACAAUUUAUAAACCAAAUGGUUUUAAACAGUCCUUCUGCAGUUGGUUUGGUACUGUUGACCAUGUGCGUCUCCGUAUGGAAAGUGCUCGUCCUGGGUGCACUGCUUCCUGGUGUACUUAACAGCCCUGCUUCCCGCUAUCAAGAUGUAGCGCCACCGUGGAAAAGAUUAGAAGAAGAACUUAAAGAUGACUUCGUUAUGAAUGAUGCGCUGAAGCGCGGCGCAAUUGAUGAUUCAAAUUACCGCUGGCCAUCGUCAGUCAAAGGUGGAAAAACGGUUGUUAAAAUUCCUUACGUGAUUGGAGGAAUGAGCACAGCUCAUAAAGAUGCUAUUUCCCGAGCCGUAGCCGAGUACAACGCCAAAACAUGCAUCCGGUUUGUCCCACGCGCAAAAGAAUCAGACUACUUAAAGAUUCAGACCGGAAUUGGAUGCAACGCAGAAAUCGGUCGCAAGGGAGGAGUGCAGUAUAUGAUACUGGGCAAAAAUUGUCAGUUCAAGGGAAAAGUUCUUCAUGAAAUGAUGCACACUCUCGGCUUUCUUCACGAGCAAUGCCGGCAGGACAGGGAUAAAUACGUCGCUGUGCACCUUGGCCAGGUCAGGACAGGAUUCAUCCACAAUUUCGACAAGUAUUCCACGCAAAACGUCGUGUCUGAGUACGACUUGCAUUCAGUUAUGCAUUAUUCCAAUAACGCCUUCGCCAAAGGAAGCAGUCCCACCAUAACUGCAAAGAACAACCCGGGCAUGAAACUCGGAAGCAAGAACGACUUUUCCAAGCUUGACCUUAAACGUAUAAACACAUUGUAUGGCUGCUCAGAGGCAAACGAUGAUUAUGAAAACUAUGAUGUGACAGUCGUCACAAAUGGCGGCUUCUUUCCCGAGGGAGAAGGGACGGACGCUUACGUUUACUUUGAGCUGGUCGGUAAGGAUGGGAGGAAAUCAGGGGAGUCGGACAUCGCGUCAGGAGGCUACGAGAAUGACUUUGAGAGGGGCAAGACGGAGAAUUUCUUGGUGGCUUUUAAAUACGUCGGCGAGAUCGCCCACUUAAAGGUUCGCCUUGAACAGCGCAGUAGCUUGGACGCCUGGAAAAUUGAUAAGAUCGUUAUCAAGGAUCCGCGAAGCAAGAUAAUAAAGACCUUCACUUAUAGUAAAUGGAUUAAGCCAGGAAAGACGUACACCCUGUAGCAUUAGCUCACGACUAGACCCGUAGGCUGCCAUCUUGAAAGGCAGUACAGGGUCUGGAAAGGAUUUUGCCUGAUUUCGUGUACGGGAUGCGGGAUUCUACAAAUUCAACUUUGCAGGAUGCGGGAUUUUUUAUCUUUCUGACAAAAUAUCGAAAACCUAUACUGCUAAAGCGUACUGGUUGACGUAACCGUCCAUUUGUACUCUAGAUAACGCAUGUGAAAAGAUCAGUUAAAUAAAAAGAUACAAAUUUAAAAUA